CUAUCGCAGGCGGCGACAGGGGGACGGAAUUCAAUAAGAGGUGUAUCGUAUCCGACCACACCGAUCCAUUCUCGAUACCUCUCUGACUACCUAUCAUUAAUUUCGAGCCUGUUAAAACUACAAAAAACAAGACGUAGUUCUAUUACUUUAAAAUAACUUCUUACAUUCUACAUUCACGAAAUCUACCUUGACUGGAUUGCGGUUUGGAACAGAAAAUGUUGAAAAUGGAAUGGAUUUUCUUUUUAACCACGUUGUGUAGUGUACUCUUCACUUUCUGCCAUGCAGAUACCUAUCCCAAGGCACAGAACGUUUCCUGGAACUCUGUAAACUUCAAAACACUUCUUACCUGGGAUCCUAUACCUGUCAAUUAUUCCUACACUGUUGAAUAUUCUAUUGUUGGUCAGAACAGGGAGAGGAACCCGCACUGUAUAAGAACCAUGAGGACCGAGUGUGACUUGUCCAACUCUCUGGUGGAUCUGAAAGCCAAAUACUCAGCUGAUGUCCUAUCGGAACCCAAAUAUGGAGAGACCUCUGACCUAGUAGAGUUCCCCCACACAAGUUCGGAUUGGUUCACCCCUUACACAGACACUGUUAUAGGCAGACCUGACUUUAAGAUUGAGGUGAGCAAAGAUAAGAAGAAGAUCACCCUGUAUGUAGAAGACCCUCCCACAGCUUUGUUCAAGAAGAACGAACCAAAGACCAUACGGGAUGUUUUUGGUGAUGACCUACAGUACAAAGUCACUUUUGGGAAAUCAGCAAGCACAGGAAAGAAAACAAAGAUCUCUGCAAGCAGUGAGAUAUUGCUAGAUGGGAAGGAUAUAGAUCCAGGAGUGAGCUACUGCUUCAACGUGCAGGCCUACAUCCCCUCCCGCAGCCCUGACAAACAGCUGGGAGAGUCCAGUAAAAGACAGUGUUCAAGCAGCGAUAAGUCCUUCAUUGAAGACUUCGGGGUCGGUGCGAUUGCCGGGUUCAUCCUCCUCCUCAUAUUGACCGUAGUCAUAGUUAUUGUCACAGUGGUGUGCUGCCGACGCAAAACCAAAGCCAACAUGGGAAAAGAGCGAGUGCCACUAAGAGAUGUGUAAAGUGGGCGUGGCUCAUCGACUACAAGGUACAGAUGCACCGGACUUACCCUUUGAAAGGGAGGCUGCAAGAGCAGCCCCAGUUCAUCACUGCACUGAUUAACACUGGAGACCACCAUUUUGUUUCUGUGAAACAGCACUGCGAGUUUAUUGCAUCCAAGCAUACUGUACUGUAGUGUACAUUUCUUUCUCUAUACAAUUGUGCAGAUAAUUCCUCUAUUUUUUGGUGAAUGGUACUUCGACUACUCCGACUUUUAGCUUUUAUAAUGAUAAUGUGAUAUAUAUAUUAACAAACUGAACAUUUUUGUAACGUUUUUAACUUUAUAUGGUCUUUGGGAAAAACAAUUUUGGGAGUCGCCUGAAUACGUAAUCAUAUCGGAAAUCUAAGCUGUAUAUUUUUGUAUUUAAGUUGCUUAACUUAUUUUACGUGUAGCCAUUCUUGAAGUUGUAUUUGUAUAUUAGGUUAUUUUUAGAUAUAGGGCAUUUGGCUUUAAAAGCCUGAUGGCUCGGUUGAUCAUUUAAUAUGUAUGAAUGUAAUGUUUUACAUGCGUAUUGUCUCGAUAUCUUUAAAACACACUCAGUGGCCAGUUUGUUAGGUACACCUCCCUGUUCAAAAUGGAUGUCUCUUACAGACCGUGAGUCACAAUGUCGUAGUAUGCUGUCUAAAGAAGCAAGACAGGGAUUAAGGCAUUGCUUUACUAUUUAAUUCAACAUUAAAACGGACCAAACAAGUGACCUCAGCAAAUUGGAGCUUAGUGUGAUCAUCGGUGCCAGGCGCGCUGGUUUUAUUAUCUCAAAAACUGCUGCCCUCCUUGGCUUUUCGUACACAGCAGUCCAUAGGGUUAAUGAGAAGGGUAUAUUCUGUCAGCGGACGUUCUUGGCGAAAACAACUUGUUGAUGACAGAGGUCGAAGGUGAAGAAUGGGAGUCAAACUAACAGAAAUAACGGACACCUUGUAGAAUAAAAUACCUGCCCCAAAGAUUAUCGUUUUUUAUGGAGACAAGUGUGUUAAACUAGGUACUAGUUAGAUCUACCAAGUAAACUGGCCACUGAGUUAACAAAACAGGGUGUAUACUAAUCAAUGCAAUACUUAAAACUGUGGAUUCUGGUACAAGUCAAGCUUGGGGUAAAUUUAGGAUUUCUGAAUUUAAUUCAAUUCAAAUAAUUUAUCUGGUUUCACUCCAUGGAAAGCACAAUUUGAACUGAAGGAAGUACUCAAAGCACUUCAAUCUACUUCCAAUGAGACGUGUAUUAGCGGUCUCAUUCAUUUGACAUAGAUUAUCAAAAGGAUAUUAGAAUUAUUUAUGCAAAAAUACACAAACCAUUGAUUGAUUAUAACUCAUGUGAAACUGCAUUAUUGUUUUCCAUUAAAUGUUCCCUUCCAUGCUGCAGAGCUUGAUUUAAUUAGUUCUUGGAAGAAUUUAAAUAGACAACCCAGAACAUGAUCAUUUAUAUAUUUUAGGACCAGUGUAAUCGUUCAAAUUUGUUUAAGGAAGUAAACUUUUUUCUACACGGUAUUGGUAACCAUGCAUUGUCUAAAUGAAUAUUACUAUGGCAAUGUGUAGAACAAAUAAGCUAUUUUAAUUUCUUGGAUUGAAAUACACUUCCUGUAAUUUAAAUUCAGUUCACAUUCUGCUUCCUUAUGGGUCCAUUAAAAACGGUAAAGUUUGUGAAUUGAAUUUGAAAGCAAUUUGCAGCUAAUUCAGAAUUGACCCCAAUGCUGAUACUAAGAUUGUUCCUAAUAAAGACUAAUAACUUCUGUGCA